GUACGUAUGAAUGUUAUGACCUUUGUCAUAUUAUUUAUAGUUCUCCGGAAUCCGUGUCAUUACGGUUGGGGCAAACUUUCCCAUAGAUCUCUGGGAUUGAAACCCCUCCCUGAUUGCCAAGUGCUUUGUAGUUGGCUUUAGAGCAUCACAUAACAUUCUCUCCUCCCUCACAAAGAGUAAUAAAUGUGGAGUCCAAGUGUAACACAAGUUAUGGUGACGUUAGAGGUUCUGGAUGUGGGUUUAAACACAGUAACUAAGGCAGCCAUGAGCGGUGGCCUGAGUCACUUUGUCCUUGUUGUCUACUCUAAUAUCCUUGCCAUCUUCUUCCUACUUCCUUGUUCCUUCAUCUUCUAUAGCAGAAAAAGUAGUCGUCCCCAGCUUACGCGGCACAUAGUCUAUAGAAUCUUCAUCCUCGGCCUGGUCAGUUGCUGCGGGCAGAUGUUUAAUUAUAUUGGGAUAGAGUAUAGCUCUCCGACUUUGGCCUCAGCUAUGAUCGAUUUAACACCUGGCUUUACCUUCUUACUUGCAGUAAUCUCCAGGAUGGAAAACCUGGACUUAAGAGUUCAAAGCAGUCAAGCCAAGUCCAUUGGAACCUUGGUAUUAAUUACAGGGGCGCUAAUUGUGACUCUAUACAAAGGUUUGCCCAUUACAGUUGUUCCAUCAACAAAAAAGUUACUUAAGGGAUUUAUUCUGUCGUCUCAAUCACAUUGGGCUCUGGGAGGCUUUUUUCUAGCUGUUCACAGUGUUGUUCUGGCAUUGUAUUACAUUAUCCAGGCAUGGAUUAUUAGGGACUACCCUGCAGAGCUUAUGGUGACACUUAUUUGCUGCAUCUUUGUGACCAUUCUGUCUGCUACAGUCUCCCUGGUAGCAGAGAAAGAUGCAAACGCUUGGAAACUGGGGCCUAACAUCGAUUUGAUGGCAAUUGGGUAUUCGGCAGCUUUUGCGGUAUCACUUCGAUCUGCACUUCAUACAUGGGCAAUAAAGAAGAAGGGGCCUGUCUAUGUUUCCAUGUUUAAGCCACUCGGAAUGGUCAUUGCGAUUGUCUCUGGGGUUACAUUACUGGGGGAUACCCUUUAUCUUGGCAGUUUGGUUGGAGCAGCCACUAUAGCUCUUGGCUUUUAUGCUGUGAUCUGGGGUCAAGCACAAGAGAAGCUGAGGGUGGAUGACAAUGGAAUUGGUAGCUUCAAGUCAUCCUCUCAGAAAGUUCCUCUUCUGCAAAAUAUGACAUGCAAAUAUAGAACUUUUGCAUGAGGGAGAUUUUAUGUAUUGUGUUUAAUUUUCUGGAGACUAUAUUAAUAUGUGUGAUUAAUAAAUGAACACAAAUUUAGUGAAGGUAUUACAAAAUUUUCUUAUGA